GUCUCUAUCACCGCUAAGACUGGUUAGCUUUAAGUCGGCUAAUGUUGUAAUAUUUUGCACAUUGUAAGCCAACAAGGACCAUUUUUUAUGUAACCGAUUAAAACAAACUGCUCUAAGCCAGGCAGUGAAACAUGCUCAACCUGCUGUGAAUUUGGUUUUUGACUUGUGCCACCUAAAUUAAGUCAAAAUGAAUCGUCCAAAGCCCACAACUCUCAGACGCCCCAGUGCUGCAAAAACAACGGGGCACCCUCCACCAGGAGAUUUCAUCGCUCUUGGAUCAAAGAGUCAGGGUGGAGAGCCCAAAGCCCCUGCUGUCCUCUUGAAGCCAGCGGCCACUGGUUUACCUGCUGAUCGAAAGAGAGAGACGUCCUCCACUCUGCCCUCAUCAUCGGGUCUGUCCAGCCUCGCCAAGCGCCCCAAACUCUCCACCACCCCUCCAGUCAGUGCUCUGGGACGACUGGCUGAUGUUGCAGCAGUGGACAAGAGGGCAAUAUCCCCCUCAAUCAAGGAGCCAUCAGUAGUCCCUAUUGAAGUGCCACCAGCAGUGCUUUUGGAUGAGAUUGAGGCUGCAGAGUCAGAAGGAAAUGAUGAUCGCAUUGAGGGACUGCUGUGUGGCGCGGUGAAACAACUCAAGUUGAACCGAGCCAAACCUGACAUCACACUGUACCUCAGCCUCAUGUUUCUGGCCAAAAUCAAACCCAAUGUUUUUGCCACUGAAGGAAUUAUUGAGGCCUUGUGCAGCCUCCUGCGUCGAGAUGCUUCUAUCAACUUUAAAGCAAAGGGCAACAGCCUGGUGUCUGUUCUUGCAUGCAACCUGCUUAUGGCGGCAUAUGAGGAGGAUGAGAACUGGCCAGAGAUAUUUGUCAAAGUGUACAUUGAGGACUCCCUGGGAGAAAGAAUCUGGGUAGACAGCUCUCACUGUAAGACUUUUGUUGACAACCUCCAGACUGCUUUUGGCACAAAGAUGCCCCCUAAAAGUAUGCUGCUGCAGGCUGACACGGGUCGUUCUGGUGGAGAUCUCAGUGCAGGUAGCAGCCCUCACCCUUCAACUCCUGAUGAGGACGACAGCCAGACUGAAUUGCUGAUAGCGGAAGAGAAACUCAGCCCUGAGGAUGAUGGGCAGGUUAUGCCCAGGUAUGAGGAACUAGCAGAGAGCGUGGAAGACUACGUACUUGACGUCCUCAGGGAUCAGUUGAACCGCAGGCAGCCGAUGGACAACGUGUCUCGAAAUCUGCUGCGUCUGCUUACAGCCACGUGUGGCUACAACGAGGCGCGGCUCAUGGCUGUGCAGAGGCUGGAGAUGUGGCUCCAGAAUCCGAAGUUAACUCGACCAGCUCAAGACCUGCUCAUGUCUUUGUGUAUGAACUGCAAGACACACGGAGCCGAUGACAUGGAGGUGGUCUCCAACCUGAUCAAGAUCCGCCUCAAACCUAAAGUACUCCUCAACCACUACAUGCUAUGUGUCAGGGAGCUGCUCAAUGCUCACAGAGACAACCUGGCUACUAUGGUGAAGCUGGUGAUCUUCAAUGAGCUGUCCAAUGCCAGGAAUCCAAACAACAUGCAAGUCCUCCACACAGUGCUGCAACACAGCCCAGAGCAGGCUCCAAAGUUCCUGGCCAUGGUGUUCCAGGACCUGCUAACCAAUAAGGACGAUUACCUGCGGGCCUCCCGAGCAUUGCUGAGAGAGAUCAUCAAACAAACCAAGCAUGAGAUUAAUUUCGGGUCCUUCUGCUUUGGUUUAAUGCAAGAGAGAAAGGAGGCCAGCUAUGUGGACAUGGAGUUCAAAGAACGUUUUGUUAUUCAGGUGACAGAUUUGCUGACCGUCUCCAUGAUGUUGGGCAUCACUGCUCAGGUCAAAGAAGCUGGCAUCGCAUGGGACAAAGGAGAGAAGAAGAAUCUGGAUGUCCUGAGGUCGUUUCAGAAUCAGAUAGCCUCCAUACAGAGAGACGCUGUGUGGUGGCUUCACACUGUGGUUCCAACCAUCAGCAAAGUCGGUGCAAAAGACUACGUUCACUGCCUUCACAAAGUGCUUUUCACAGAGCAACCGGAGACAUAUUACAAGUGGGACAACUGGCCUCCUGAGAGCGAUAGAAAUUUCUUUCUCCGCCUGUGCUCUGAGGUGCCUCUGUUGGAGGACACACUGAUGCGCAUUCUGGUGAUCGGGCUGUCACGUGAUUUGCCCCUGGGCCCGGCCGAUGCCAUGGAGCUGGCAGAUCACCUGGUCAAGAGGGCUGCCGGAGUUCAGUCUGAUGGCCUGCUUGAUGAUCGACAUGAUAUGGAGGUCCUGAAAGUGGAGAGGAUCCAACUCAUCGAUGCAGUGCUGAAUCUGUGUACAUACCACCACCCAGAGAACAUUCAGCUGCCUGCGGGAUACCAACCUCCAAAUUUGGCGAUAUCCACGCUUUAUUGGAAGGCAUGGCUCUUGUUGCUUGUGGUGGCUGCGUAUAAUCCACAGAAAAUAGGUUUGGCUGCCUGGGAUGGUUAUCCUACACUGAAAAUGCUCAUGGAGAUGGUUAUGACAAAUAACUAUACCUACCCGCCUUGCACCGUUGCUGAUGAGGACACAAAGACGGAGAUGAUCAAUCGCGAGCUGCAGAUCUCUCAGAGGGAGAAACAGGAGAUCCUGGCCUUUGAAAGCCACUUGGCAGCAGCGUCCACCAAACAGACCAUCACAGAGAGCAACAGCUUGUUGCUGUCUCAGCUUACCAGUCUGGACCCACAGGGUCCCCCUCGACGACCUCCACCUCAGGUCCAGGAGCAGGUUAAGACCCUCAACCAGUCUUUGCGUCUCGGCCAUCUCCUCUGCCGCAGCCGCAACCCAGACUUCCUCCUCAACAUCAUACAGAGACAGGCUUCCUCUCAGUCCAUGCCGUGGUUGGCUGAUCUGGUCCAGUCCAGUGAGGGAUCUUUGGAUGUGCUCCCAGUGCAGUGCCUGUGUGAAUUCCUCCUGCAUGACGCUGAAGAUGACAACCUGCCAAUAGAGGAUGAUGAAGAGGGAGAGAGCAAAGAGCAGAGGGCCAAGAAGAGACAAAGGCAACAAAAGCAAAGGCAGCUACUUGGACGGCUCCAGGAUCUUUUGUUAGGCCCCAAAGCUGACGAGCAGACGACAUGUGAAGUUUUGGAUUACUUCCUGCGCCGUCUCAGCUCUUCUCAGGUGGCAUCAAGAGUCCUAGCUAUGAAGGGUUUGUCAUUGGUACUGAGUGAAGGAGGCUUGAAGGACGGAGAAGAGCGGGACCAGCCCAUGGAAGAAGACUCGACAGAUGCUGAGCUCUUACCCGGCUACCAGUGGCUGCUACAAGACCUCCCAAAGCUCCCCUUGUUUGACAGCGUCAGGGGCAUGACGUCCACAGCUCUGGAGCAGGCCAUCCACAUGGAGACAGAUCCACAGACCAUCAGUGCUUAUCUCAUCUACCUAUCCCAGCAUGCACCAGUGGAAGAGCAGGCUUCCCAUAAUGACCUGGCUCUGGAUGUUGCGCGGCUGAUUGUUGAGCGUUCCACCAUCAUGAACAGCCUGUUCUCCAAACAUUCGACCAGACCCGAGUCUGAUGCUGUUCUCAGCGCUUUCCUCACCAUCUUCUCCACCUACAUCAAGAGGAUGAGGAAGACUAAGGAGGGGGAGGAUCUCUACAGCUGGUCAGAAUCUCAGGAUCAGGUGUUUCUGCGUUGGACUACAGGAGAGACUGCCACCAUGCACAUCCUUGUAGUCCAUGCCAUGGUUAUCCUGCUGACUCUUGGGCCUCCUAAAGGAGAGAGCGACUUCUACAAUCUUCUGGACAUUUGGUUUCCCGAUAAGAAACCCCUACCCACUGCCUUCCUGGUUGACACAUCAGAGGAGGCCCUUCUGCUGCCUGAUUGGUUGAAACUUAGGAUGAUCCGAUCAGAGGUUGCCCGAUUGGUUGAUGCAGCUUUGCAAGACCUGGAGCCGCAACAGCUGCUGCUGUUCGUACAGUCCUUUGGCAUUCCCGUCUCCAGCAUGAGUAAACUGCUUCAGUAUUUGGAUCAGGCUGUCUCCCAUGAUCCAUCGUCACUGGAGCAAAACAUCAUGGACAAGCAUUACAUGGCCCAUCUGGUUGAGGUGCAGCAUGAGCGAGGUGCCACUGGGGGGCACACUUUCCAUGGAUUACUUAGCUCCGCUCUUCCUCCAAACAGAGAUGGUGCUGAAACAAGUAAGGCCAAAGUUACUGUGGAAAUGCCCCACAGCUCUGUGAAGAUGAGAGCAGCCAGUCAGCUUCCUGCAGUCGGGCCUGAUGAUGAUCUAGCUGGAAUGAUGCUUCAGAUAUUCCCUUUAAAUGUGGACCCUCGCUGGCACGGUCCACCUCCCAGCCAGCUCUCCCUGGCCUUGCAGCAGGCCCUGGCGAAAGAGCUGAUGCGGGCCAAGCAGGGUCACAUCCAGCAGGGUGGGUUGGCCUUUCGCCUCCUACAGACUCUUGCAGCCCUGCUCACCUCUACCCACGCAGGACCUAUUGUCAUGUCAAUGCACCAUAACCACGCCCUGUCCUGUCCUCUGAUGCGCCAACUCCACCUCUACCAGCGCCUCGUGUCCCAGGACAUCGCUUUCUCCUCGCUCUUCCUUAAGGUCAUUGUUGAGAUGUUGAUCUGGUUAGACAAUCCAACUGUGGAGGCAGGACCACUGAAAACUUUGCUCAAAUCCUUUGCUGGUCAGAACUCUCACAAACACAGGCACAAUGAUGUGCGUACAGGUUUCCUCCACCUGGCCGAGGCGUUGGCGUACCGCAGAGAUGCAGAAGUGCCAGUGAGAGCCAUCAUUGCAAUGCUGAAGGCUGGAGAGAGAUGUAAUGCAGAGGCUGAGCUCAUUGGGAAAGUUUUACAGGGGCUGAUGGAGGUGAAGUCGCCUUAUUUGGAGGAGCUGUUGUCUCUGUUGAUGACUGUUGGUACACAGAACGGGACAGCCGGCCCUGUUGCCAUGGUGAUUUCCUUGCUGCUUCAGGAAAGUGAGGAUCGAGCUGUGAAAAAGGAAGUCGAUUCAAACAACAGCUCAGAGGUGACAAAGUCAGGACUGAGCUCGGGGUUGCUGGUCGACUGGCUGGAACAUCUUGACCCUGAGGUCACUUCAGUGUGUCCAGACCUUCAACAAAAACUACUGUUCGCCCUCAACAAGGCGCGAGGCAGUCCUGCAUACAGACCUUAUCUUCUGGCCCUGCUUACACAUCAGUCAAACUGGUCCACCCUCCUGCAGUGCAUCAGUGCUCUUCUCAGCAAGCGAAGAGACCACAAACUGGACCCAUCAUCAGCCCUGGAUUUCCUGUGGGCCUGCAGCCACAUCCCUCGCAUUUGGCAAGGACGCGACCAGAAGAUCCCUCAAAAAAAAACAGAGAAGUUUGUGCUGCGACUCAGCUCAGAGGAGCUCCUCAGCCUGGUGGACCUGAUCCUAUCAGAGUCAGAGCUCAACAGUCACGACCCAUCUCAUGAAGACAGUGUAGACCAGGCCUCCUGUUCUCUCAUCCAGUCUAGGCUGCCGCUCCUUGACUCCUACUGCAACGGAGAUGUACAAAACAUCAAGAAAGUCUCAGACUAUCUCAUCAACUGUACAAAGAAAUGGGAGGACAGUGCGAUGAGUAAGCGCUGCCAGAACUUGCUGCUGCAGAUCUAUCUGCACUUUCCUGAAGUAAUCCAGCACGUUACCUUGCCUGAAGGCACUCUCAGCAGUGGGGGGGCUGCAGACGGCAGCAGCUGCAAGCUGGACGUCCUGGUCCAUCGCCUGGUCACGCUGCUCGCUGAUAUAGGAGACUCGAAGUCUGCUGAGGGCCGUGUGUCUGAUGCCAACCUAGCAUGUAGGAAACUGGCUGUGUCGCACCCUGUCCUUUUGCUCAGACACUUACCUAUGAUUGCAGGUCUCCUCCACGGUCGCGUUCACCUAAACAUGCAGGAGUUCCGACAGCAGAACCACAUGACGUUCUUCAGCAACGUGCUCGCAAUCCUGGAGCUGCUGCAGCCUCUUGUUUUCCACAGUGGCCACCAGAGGGCACUUCAAGACUGCCUUCUGUCUUUUAUGAAGGUCCUUCAGAACUUUCAGAGAAGUCGUUCUCCGUUAGUCUUCAUCAACAAGUUUCUGCAGUUCACACAGAAAUACAUAACUCAUGAUGCAGCGGCAGCCAUUCCUUAUCUACAGAAGCACUCUAACAUCUUGCAGCGUCUGUCUGCAGAAAACCCAGACUUGGUCCAGUUGAAAUCUUUACUGGCUGGACUCACUUUGCCAGUGAGGAGUUCCUCUGCAGAGGUCACAGCAGAAGAGAGAGAUGAUGACAUGUCAACUGGUUCCCUGCCUCUAGUCAACAUAUCUGCCUCAGUGUCACUGAGUGCGGCUGACAUGACGCUGUACCUGAAAAAGAUGUCGAGAGGAGAGGCAGUCGAGGAUGUGUUGGAGGUGUUGACAGAGGUGGAUGACAAGUCUAGGAGGAGCCCAGAGAUCAUCCAGUACUUCAUUAACGAUCUUCAGAGACUCAUGACCUCUUCUGAGGAGUUGUGUCGGAACAUGGCGUUCAAUCUGGCUCUGCGCUGUAUCCAGAAUAAUCCAUGCCUGGCAACAGACUUCCUGCCGACUUUCAUGUACUGUAUGGGCAGUGGCAACUUUGACGUGGUGCAGACGGCUCUAAGGAAUCUUCCAGAAUACGUGCUUCUCUGCCAAGAACACGCAGACAUCUUACUCCACAAGGCGUUCUUGGUGGGUAUCUAUGGACAAAUUGACACCAGCUCAAUGAUCUCAGAGUCCAUGAAGGUCCUUCACAUGGAAGCGACAACAUAACAGGAAGCUUACAUCUCCCGCCCGAUGGGAAAUGGUGUCAUUCAUUUACUGCAUUCCAGAGCUAGAUUAUUUUUUUAUUGCCUUUAGUUCAAACGUGGCUCUAAUUUUAUCAUUACAGAUUAACAAACUCUUUGGCUCUUCAGUAAUACAAAUGAAAGGAUCCUCCAGUGAGCUGGUAGUAACCAGUAAUGUAAUAACUUCUGGAUAAUUUAGUGACUUCAAAGAAUUUCCUCUAAUUGAGUUUAAAAUGUAAUAAUUAAAACUGGAAAAUCAUUGUCAUUAUAAUUAUGUCACAAUUAGUACAUUUAUUACAUAAGGAAUGCAAAUUAUUUUUAACUGAUGAUACAAUACAUUAACCAAUAAUUAAUAAAGAAUUAGAACAUUAUUAGGUGAUGUUAUUAUAUCAUCUGUUAAAGACCAUGCAGAAUAUACACAAUUGGAGCCAUAGUAAAAAAAAAAACCUAUUAAAUUAAUAUUAUAAUACACAUUAUAUGAUAAUAAUAAUUAGUAAUAAGUAUUAAAGUGAUAUAUGUUAAUUGAAAACAUUUAAAAACUGUUUUAGUGGGAGAUUUUUUGCAUUUCUUUAGUUAGUAAAUUAUCAGCAGUCAUAUUAUUGGGUACUUAAAAUCUCAAUGCAUAUUAUGAAAGUGGCACACUGUUUUUGGCUUCAUAUUUUUAAUUGUUUGAAUUUCAAAUAUCAAUAUUGUUGUACAGUUAUGUGUAUAGUAUGGUAGCAAUUUUGCCAUAGUUUGCCAAUAAAUUUAGACUUUUCCAAAUUUAAAGGUCAACACAAUAAGAAUUUGACUUUUUACUAAAAAAGGGUUUGAAUAUGUACGGCUAUCUGACAGGAAACCACAAAACAGUGCUUUACUUUCAGAUUAUUAAGACUAAGAAGCCAAAAUACAAAGAUGUGUUGCUGCCUUAAUGCAAUGUUGCAAACUCCUUAAAUAGCUGAUAUCAGGUGUCUUUGUUUUAAAGUCAUGAUGCUUUACUGUUACUGAACGCCAUGUGAUGUGAACUGAAUAAAAUAACU